AUGUAUGCUAAAAUAGAGACUGAAAGGUUGAAUUAUAUUAGGAAUAACCAGGUGCAGUUGAGGGCAGAUAGUUACAUUCAUUUGAGAGACGCCAUGGGAAAGCAGGAUGCUGACGUUGCUCAGAUGGGUCAAAUGGUGGUGCUUCCGUCAUCAUUCACUGGAGGACCACGCUAUAUGCAUGAGCGAACUCAGGACGCUAUGACAUACGUCCGUUUUUACGGUCGUCCUGAUCUGUUUAUUACUUUUACUUGUAAUCCAAAGUGGAAGGAUAUCACAGAUGUACUGCUUCCUGGCCAAAAAUCUCACGAUCGACACGAUAUUAUAGCUAGGGUAUUUCAUCUCAAGGUGAAGAAAAUGAUGGCUCUUUUAAAAAAGGGUGAUUUGUUUGGAAAAGUGACGUGUUUCAUGUACUCUGUGGAAUGGCAAAAACGAGGUUUGCCUCAUAUUCACAUCUUGCUGUGGCUAGAGCAGCGCAUCUUUAAUAAUAUGAUCGACAAAGUCAUAUGUGCUGAAAUACCUGAUCCCGUGAAAGACUCUCUUCUUUAUAAUAUUGUCAAGGCCAAUAUGAUUCAUGGGCCCUGCGGGGGCUUAAACCGUAAUUCGCCAUGUAUGAAAGGAGGCAAUUGCAGCAAGAGGUAUCCCAGGCAACUUCUAAAGGACACUCAGACAGGAAACGAUGGAUAUCCGCAGUAUCGGAGAAGGUCUCAAGCUGAUGGUGGAUUUACCGUAAAAAUCAAUGAAAUAGAGCUGGACAAUCGUUGGGUGGUGCCCUAUAAUCCUGUUUUGUUACGUACUUUCAAUGCUCAUAUUAAUGUGGAAUUAUGUAAUUCAGUUAAAUCUAUAAAGUAUAUUUGUAAGUACGUGAAUAAGGGCAGUGAUCAAGCGACUUUUGCCUUAGAGAAUAAGAGGGAUGAGGUAAAAUUGUACGAGAGUGGACGGUAUAUUAGCAGCUCAGAGGCAGUUUGGAGAAUCUUGGCGUUUCCUAUUCAUGAGAGGUAUCCUGCUGUCUUUCAUCUAGCUGUACACCUCGAGAAUGGUCAGCGUGUAUACUUUAAUUCCAAAAACUUAGUUGAGAGGAUUAGUAAUCCACUUCAGACAACACUCUUGGCUUUCUUCGAGCUGUGCAAAACCGACGAUUUUGCAAAAACUCUUUUGUACUGUGAGGUUUCUUUUUAUUUUGUGUUUAAAAAUAACAAGUUUGAGAGAAGAAAGCGGGGAAUGAAUGUCGAUGGCUGGCCAGGAAUAAAGAAGGACAAUGUGCUGGGAAGAGUGUAUACCAUCCAUCCAAAUAACACAGAGUGUUAUUAUCUUCGCAUGUUGCUGUAUGAGAUUCGAGGUCCAACAUCAUUUUUAGAAUUGAAAACUGUAAAUGGUGUUGUCUGUUCCACAUUCCAGUCUGCAUGCAAGGUAUUAGGUUUGCUGGAAGAUGACAAACACUGGGACAAUACAUUGGAGGAAGCUGCUUUGUGUGCUUCUUCCUUCAAGCUGCGGGAGCUUUUUACAGUGAUGUUGGUAUUCUGUCAACUUAACGAGCCUAUGAGUCUUUGGGAAAAGUAUAAAGACAGCCUCUCAGAAGAUAUUACACGACAAGUGGAAAGAGAGUUGCAAAGCAGUGCGCAGCAGAUAAUGGACGAGGUGUAUAACAGAUGUUUGGUGAUGAUUGAAGACGCAGUAUUGGCUUUGGGAGGACAGGAGUUACAACAAUAUGGUCUGUCUCAGCCAAAAAGGUUAGGAGAAGUUUUGAGAAAUCGGGAUUAUCUGAGAGAAACAAAUUAUGAUGUAAACAUCUUAGCACAAGUGGUGUCGAAUAACGAGGGUUUACUAACAGAUGAGCAGUUCGCUGUCUAUCGGCAGGUCCUUAGCAGUAUUGAAUUAAGUGCUGGUCAGGUCUUUUUUCUAGAUGCUCCAGGUGGUACUGGAAAAACUUUUCUCAUUAAUUUACUUUUGGCAAAAGUAAGAAGUGAUUGUGGCAUUGCCUUGGCUGUUGCAUCCUCUGGCAUUGCUGCUACGCUGUUAGAGGGAGGCAAGACCGCUCACGCUGCUUUUAAGCUGCCCCUCAAUCUAAACUAUGUAGAAACACCCUUGUGCAAUAUUUCAAAACAAAGCAACAUGGCCCAAGUGUUGCGGGACUGUAAGCUCAUUGUUUGGGAUGAGAGCACCAUGGCACAUAAAGGGGGUUUUGAAGCAUUGAGUACAACCUUAAAAGAUAUUAGGGGUAACGAUGGAGUGAUGGGGGGAGUCACUGUGCUGCUGGCUGGAGACUUCCGACAGACUUUGCCUGUAGUGCAAAGGGGAACUCGAGCUGAUGAGGUUAAAGCAUGCAUUACCCAGUCAGAAAUGAUUAGUUGA